UCUCUUUAUAUUAAACAUUUCAACCCUACCAUUGAUUAUUAUUCCCCAGAACGAUUUUUCAAAUCAAAAAUCUCUCUAUCUCUUUUGAAUUCUCAAAAAACUUCUAUCAAUGGCGUUGAGGAACAUUGAAAACGCUCUUCCGAUCUCACAAGAACGACCUAAGAAGCUGGCUAAACUCUCGAAGCAACCGGAGAUUGGUUUGAAUGACGAAAACAACCCUGUUGUUGUGCCUGAAUCAACCGUUGAAUACGUUGCCUCUGAGAAUCUCCAACCAUUUUCAGAUCCUGAAUCCUCUGUUCAGCGAUUACUAGAAGAAUUAGCAUCAAAGGAUUGGAUUAAAGUUUGUGAAUCAUUGAAUAACACAAGGAGAUUUGCAAUUCAUCACUCUUCUCUGUUGCUACCAAUUCUCGAAAAGCUUAUAGUUGUGAUGGUGAAGGCGAUGAAGAAUCCUAGAAGUGCAUUGUGUAAGACUUCGAUUAUGACUUGUUCUGAUAUCUUCAUUGCUUAUGGAGAAAAGUUGCUGGAAGGACCUCAUUUGAAAUCAAUGGACGAUCUGCUGUUGCAGUUGUUGAUGAAAGCUUCACAAGAUAAGAAGUUUGUGUGUGAAGAAGCAGACAAAGCGCUGAACACUAUGGUUAACUCGGUGGCUCGCUUGCCGCUUCUGUGUAAGCUUCAGACUUAUGUCCGUCACAGUAACCCUCGUGUCAGGGCCAAAGCUGCUGUGUCUACUUCCAACUGUGUUUCUAAAAUGGAGCUGAAUGAAAUGGAAGAAUUUGGGAUGGUUCUGCUGGCACAAAUGGCUGCGGAUUUGUUGAGUGACAAGUUGCCAGAGGCAAGGGAAGCCGCGAGGAGUAUGGUGAACUCGGUUUUCCAGAAAUUUACAUGGAAUGAAGAAGAAGGCGAAGAAGGAAGCAAGCAAGAAGCUUGGAAGAAGUUUUGUGUGAAGAAAGUAACCGGGCUCAACGCACAAGCCAUGAUCAAGAUUGUCUCAUCUCAAUAAAUUUCUGAAGAGGAAAUGUUGUUCUCUCUGAUUCAUGUAAAAUACGUUUUUACAUGAUAUAACACAAUCUAUCUAUUUCUUCCAUUACUAUUGGAUCUGUCCUCUCAAUUCCAAUGUCAUAAUACACCAGAGGCUUCAUG